AAGCAGCAGAGCGAGUGGGCAAGAGGAAGAAAAAAAAAAAAACUGCAGUGUGUGUAGUUUGUAUCCCUCCCCCCUUGAGCAGAUCUCUAUCAAUUUGGGUGCUCCGGUCUCGGGGUGCGCUCUCUCUGUGUGUAGUUAACAGCGAGGCAGAGCUAAGUGUACUGGUGUCUGUGGAGAAGAGCUGUGUCCAGUGGAAAGCAGGCAGCACAAAAAGGAUAUCAUCCAGGCAACUUUCUCACUGUGAAUACCUCCAGCUACUCCUUCAAGAUUCAACAUUUGGCUGGACUGUGUGUGCAGCCUAAAUGGUUAAGUGGAACUUGUUCAAGCACCAGACAACGCCCAUGGUCGCCGCUGCCAAGCCAACAGGGGCCAGUGCCUUGACUGUGACUCCUGCCCCUGUUGCACUCGUCUCUGCGGACAACUCCACCGAGCCGGUCAGCAAGAACGAUGCCUUUGACGAGAUCAAAAACAAGUUUCUGAAUGAAAUCGAUAAGAUCCCACUGCCAUCCUGGGCCAUCAUUGCCAUUGCUGUGGUCGCUGCUUUGCUUAUUCUAACUUGCUGCUUCUGCAUCGUCAAGAAAUGUUGUUGCAAGAAGAAGAAGAACAAGAAGGGCAAGAAAGGGAAGGGUGACAUGGGGAUGAAGAACCUCAAAGGAGGAGAGAAACAACAGGACGACGAUGACGAGGAAGAUGAUGUUGAACCCGGACUCACUGGAGAUGAGAAAGAAGAGGAGGUGAAGGAGAAAGAGAAGCUUGGAAAGCUGCAGUACUCCAUUGAUUAUGACUUUCAGGAAAACAAGCUAACUGUGGGAAUCUUGCAAGCUGCUGAUCUCCUGUCUAUGGACAGUGGUGGAACCUCUGACCCCUAUGUCAAGGUCUUUGUCUUACCUGACAAGAAGAAGAAGUUUGACACAAAGGUUCACAAGAAAACCCUCAACCCAGUCUUUAAUGAGACUUUUAUCUUCAAGAUUCCAUUCCAAGAGAUGGGGGGAAAGACUCUGGUUAUGUCUGUCUAUGACUUUGAUCGUUUCUCAAAACAUGACGUCAUUGGCGAGAUUAGAAUACCCAUGAACACCCUUGACCUGGCGAAACCAAUUGAAGAGUGGCGUGACUUGGACAGCGCGGACCAAGAAGAGCCGGAGAAGCUUGGUGACAUUUGCAUCUCUCUUCGUUAUGUUCCAACUGCUGGUAAACUCACAAUCUGUAUUCUGGAAGCCAAGAACCUGAAGAAAAUGGAUGUUGGAGGCCUUUCAGAUCCCUAUGUGAAGAUUAAUCUGCUGCAGAAUGGAAAGAGGCUGAAGAAGAAGAAGACAACAGUUAAGAAGAACACAUUGAAUCCUUACUAUAACGAGUCGUUCAGCUUUGAGAUUCCUCUUGAACAAAUGCAGAAAAUCCAAGCUGUGAUCACAGUACUGGAUUACGACAAAAUCGGUAAGAACGAUGCCAUCGGGAAGAUAUGGGUGGGCAGCAAGUCCACCGGAGCCGGGCUGAAACACUGGUCCGACAUGUUGGCCAACCCCCGACGUCCCAUCGCCCAGUGGCAUCCAUUGCAGCCAGAGGAGGAGGUGGAUGGUGCCCUCGCAGCUUUGGCCGCCAAGAAGUAAACUCCAACGCAUUCCCAGACUACCCACACCUUUCCGAUCAGGUCCACAGAUCCCACGUCAAUGUAUAUUCCAGCCCCAAAUGUACACCCCGCCCCCACCAGCUUUCAAAAAUUCAUAGAUCCAGUUCAUCAUGAUGCCAAAUAGAGCUUAAUGAAAGCAUCAUGUUAUAUAAAAUCAUGUCAUUGAGGAAAAAAAAAGUAGACGACGAGUUACGGGAUGGACUGUUGUUUUCCUUUAGAUCUAUUUUUGUAUUAGGAUUGUGGUUCUGUUCCUGAGAAAACAGCGUCGACUUUGAAGACCAGUUAGAGCGCUAAACGGGAAUCUGGCAAACGAGGGAGUAAAAACAUCCAUUCAUCGACGUACAUUAUAUCGUACCUUUCCCUUUAGUGACACAGUCUGCUUAGUUUAAUGCUUAAUAAUAAAAAUGCUUUAUACUGCCAUAUAAUAGAAGAAUAACACAAGCAGGUCCAUUCCUUAGGUGUAUUGUACACCACGCUCCACACCUGCCACUUAUAUUACCCGACCAUUCUGUUAGGUUAACGUACAUUCCUAGAGUUGGGUAGCAAGUAGUGGUAGGCACAUAUCCACUUACCCACAGACACACUGCCUUUUCGAUUAGUUCAACUUUCACCCAUCGUCUCAGGAAUACUGAGAGGAGACUCCACGCCUUUUUUUCUACACGGGUUGUUAUGAUCAAAACACGGUGAGAGAGAAAUCACUCGAUCGCUUUUCAGGAAGGCUGUUUCGGUAGAUGGAUUUUCGGUCUCAAAAACGAGGGGAAAAUGUCUUCUUUUGUGUGUCUUUGACUGUGCGAAAUAUCAAUUCAUGGCACUAUCAAAGUGGCGACAACGACUAAGACCUGACCGCUACCGCCAAUGACGUGACAUUUACAGUACGAUGUGUCGGUUGUCACUGCCUGCAGUCCACCGCCUCCCAUCCCAAAGCCGCUGUAUCUCAUUCGUUCAGUGCUACUGCCAUUAGUCAUGGACUCCAACACAAAGGUUCCACCGCUGUACCGUCCUACAGUCAUAAAGGAGACAAGCCUUCCAAGUAUCAAAAUAAGCAAUUUUCAACUACCAGGGACGCCUUCCGCUUAGUGUUGUUAUUCUCGUUUCUCACUGUCUUUUGUUUUUAUUGACGCCCUUAUUUAAUCAUUUUAAUUCCUCAAGCACUUUAACUCCAAUCAUCCAAACAUUUUUCAAAAUCAGAGCUUUAAUUAUUCGUUUUACAAAGAAUUAUUUCAUGUGAUAUUUGAUUGUGUUUAUUUUUUGCCUCAGAUUUCAGAUUGUUUGGGCGUUUUUUUUUUUUUUUUUUUCAAAGAUAACUGAUUCACGCGUGUUUCAUACACAGUGGACCAAACAGCGGAAUUUAAUUGCACUAACGAGGAAAUUUUCUGUAUUUAAACACUCUUGAACUUUUAACCCUUUAUAGGGCACGUGAGUAUUUUCGGUAAUCAAAACUAAAACCCAAUAAAGACAUGGAGUCCAUAUACAUGAACAUAAGAUUUUAUGUUGUCGCUAGGCCUCAAUUAUGAUAUUACAACAGUUAUAAAAUAUAUAAUAUGUAUAAUUAUUAUGAAUCUUUAUUGUGUUUUUAGGGGUGGGACUCGAUUUAACAGAAAUAUUAAAUAAAGGCUUUAUAAUUAAUUAAGCUUGAUGAAUUGCAGUAAUUUGCCAGAAAAAUGUAAUUUUUUUUCUCUUUUUUUUUUUAAUUUGAAAUGAUUUCAGUGUACGAUUUAAUCAAGUAAUAUAUAAAGCAGAGACUUCAUAAUAUUAUUGACGCGGCGCGGGGCCGAUUAAUAGGGGGCCUGCAUUGUUGGUGUGGCCGUCAAAGCUGACCAAGUAGAAUCACAGAUAAGGAGCUUUUUUCGUUGAAAAUUAUUGUGAAUUAAUGUUUAAAUCCCUGAAUUCUUUACAAAUAUGGACGUAAAACAGUCUCGAUUCUUGGUUAAAAGCAAAAAAAACAAAAACAACGUGCAGUUAGCAUUUAUUUUACGUAAAUAUGUCGAAUUAUGAUGCUAGUCUGUUAACCAAUUUGGCGGCCGCCAUAUGUAAACAGAACUUUUCCAAUGAAAAUUAUUGUGAAUGAAUGCUUAAAUCCCUGAAGUCCUUAUAAAUAUGGACGUAAAACAGUCUUGAUUCUUGGUUAAAGGCAAAAAAAAAAAAAAAAAAACGUGCAGUUAGCUUUUAUUUUACGUAAAUAUGUCGAAUGAUGAUGCUAGUCUGUUAGUCAAUGUGGCGGCCGCCAUAUAUGAAGAGAGGUUUUUUCUUUAAAAAUUCUUGUGAAUAAAUUCUUACAUCCCUGAAGUCUUUAUAGAUAUGGGCAUAAAACAGUCUCAAUUCUUGGUUGAAAGCAAAAAAAAACAACGUGCAUUUAGCAUUUAUUAUACAUAAAUAUGUCGAAUUAUCAUGCUAGUCUGUUAGUCAAUGUGGCAGCCGCCAUAUGUAAAGAGAGGUUUUUUUCGUUAAAAAUUCUUGUGAAUAAAUUCUUAAAUCCCUGAAGUCUUUAUAGAUAUGGACAUAAAACAGUCUCGAUUCUUGGUUAAAAGCAAAACAAAACAAAAAAAAGUGCAGUUAGCAUUUAUUUUACCUAAAUAUGUCGAAGAAUGAUGCUAGUCCAUAGCGGUUAAUUUCUCAUUCUCCAUUGAUAUAUAUAUUUUUUUUAAACAUUUCAAAAUUCCUGCAUGGUACAAAAAAAUUAUAAUAAUUACCUUGAAUCCUCGAACAAAUCACUCCUGAGACAAUCCUUUCUGUUUGUAUGUGGUACAGCUUUCAUACUUUUUCAACCUCAAUCCAGCGCUGGAUCACUGAAUGCGUUGACUAACUGCGACCGAUUGCGAAUAACUGAAACGGAAUUUAGGAGAGCCCCCUACUUGAAACCGUUGCGCAGUGGCUGAUGGAGGUGACCCGUCAAUACAAUUAUGAAGUCUAUGAUACACAGUAGGGCUUGCAGCUGUCAGUAAUCAAUUAAUCUAUCAAUUAAUUUGUCCGAAUAAUCAAGUAAUCGGAUUAGGAACAUUUAAUGCAUUGCAGAAUAAAUUUUAGGAGAUGUAAAACAAAGGCUUGCUAAGCUUGCACUUUCAAAAGAGCAUUAAAUGCAAAUACAAAAUAAAAUUCCCAAGUGUUUUUUUUCAAACUAUGUAGAGUUGCACUUUUUUUUCACAAGAGCAAUAAAUGCAUUUAAAAAUAAAUUAAAGUACCUGAGCCUAGCUCAAACCGUGUAAAUUACAAACAUCAAAGAACAAUUGGCUUAGUUGCAUAGCAAAAGUCCGCUUGGUUAAAUGCUAUAAAAUGCUAUCAUUUUAUUUUCAUAAUGCUCUUAACAAAUCGGUCAAAUUUAGCACAAAAAACUGCUAAAUAUACCUAAAAUAAAAUAAAAUAAAUGAAAUAAAUUACGAAUGCAUUAACAAUCAUAUGAGUUCAAAGAAAAACUCACAACCUUAUGUUGGUGAUUAACAUGUGUUAAUUUUUUUAACUCGUUAAAUAAUCUCUAAAUCAUCAUCGUAAAUAACGUAUUUAAAUCCCACCCCAAAUUUUUUUUUUUUUUUUUAAUUAUAUACUUUUUCUGGAGUUAAUAUAAUCAUAAAUUAAUAAAAUGUCAAUAAAAUCAAAAUGAAUAUAAACAGAAAUACACUCUUGUUAUGGCCCCUAAUAACACUCUGAAAUAUACAGGUAGUCCCUGGGUUAUGACGUACCCAUCUUAUGUGAUUUAGACCUUACGACGCCAGUGUCGUCAGCUAUUUUGUCUCCAGUGUUUUUUUUUGUUUUUUUUUUCUUCGCAUAAACAGUACCUAGUUCCCAUUGUCGUCCUUCAUGUCAGCAUCCCCUCCUCCCCCAGCAGAGGGAGCCGAGAGAUCCGCUGUCAAGUUCCACUUCGAUGUUCUCAUGCCGCUGCUGCUCCCCCCCCCAGCGCCGAGUCCUCUUGCGAGUCCCGAUCUGAUUUUUUGAGUUCGGAAGGGUGGGCUCACGUUAAGAGAGGCUACGCUGACAACUUGAGUGGCCAUGAUAUCCCCCCUUCUUUAAGGCGACUCACGAGUAAAGCUCGAAUAGUCAGUGAAUAUAACGACAUUUAACACAACGUACCUAACAGUAUUUUUUUUACUUAAUUUUAUUAAUAUGAUGGAUAACACAUGUUGUUGGAUAGUUAUUUUGAGAUUUAGGGGGUAUUUAGGUGUACUUAAAGGGUUAAUUCCGACUUUCGCGGAAAUUCGCGUUACAUCGUCGGAGUAGGAACGGAACUUGUUCAUAAACCGGGGACUACCUGCAUAUAUAUAUAUAUAUAUAUAUAUAUAUAUAUAUUUGUUUUAAUUCAUUUACAUUUUACCGUAUUUAACUCACCUGCCUUUGACAACGAUGGACAUCCAAUUCAUUUAAGCUGGAAGGACUGGCUGUUAGAAUGCUCACUGCCAGCUCUCCCAGUCUAAGGGGCAUGGUGACGCUCCGAGAAUACGACACAUUUCAUGUUUGCAUUUACAUGGUUCCGUCUCCAUUCGAACGAUGUUGCAAUUCCGGGUGAAAACGAUAUUCAUGCCAGGCCCUAGGGGGCAGUGCAGGUUUACAAGGGACAGCCAAUGGUGUACUUCCUUGGCAACAACCUCCUCAGCUCGGAAGCAAACGAACUCACUUGAAGCAAGGGCGCCCAUGCACUUCCUUCUUUUGCUCCAAAAGGCACAAAAACGCGAACAUAAAAUAUAUUUAAAUUAGGGCUGUCAAACGAUUAAAAUUUUUAAUCGAGUUAAUUACAGCUUAAAAAUUAAUUAAUCGUAAUUAAUCGCAAUUCAAACCAUCUAUAAAAUAUGCCAUAUUUUUCUGUAAAUUAUUGUUGGAAUGGAAAGAUAAGACAAGACAGAUAUAUACAUUCAACAUACUGUACAUAAGUACUGUAUUUGUUUAUUAUAACAAUAAAUCAACAAGAUCGCAUUAUUAACAUUCUGUUAAAGUGACCCAUGGAUAGAAAGACUUGUAGUUCUUAAAAGAUAAAUGUUAGUACAAGUUAUAGAAAUUUUAUAUCAAAACCCCUCUUAAUUUUUCAUUUUAAUAAAAUUUGUAAAAUUCUCAUUCAAAAAAUAAACUAGUAGCUCGCCAUUGUUGAUGUCAAUAAUUACACAAUGCUCAUGGUGCUGAAACCCAUGAAAUCAGUCGAACCCAAGCGCCAGCAGAGGGCGACAAAACGCCAAAAAACACAAGUAACAAGUGGACAUUACACUGUGCUGUCAUUUUAAUCUGUUUGAGCGGGGCACAUGCGUUAAAUGCGUCAAAUAUUUUAACGUGAUUAAUUAAAAAAAAACAAUUAUCGCCCGUUAAUGCGAUAAUUUUGACAGCCCUAAUUUAAAAUACUAUAAAAACAGUCAAUUAAAGCCGACGUUUCACCAUGUGUGCUGUUUUGAAUGUUAGGUUCUUUUCUCGCCGUCACUGUGUAAACACAAUUGUUGCGUCUUGGUGUCGUAGCACGGCCUCCCUAUGGAUUAGACGUCUAGCACCGUCAAUGGCAGCCAACUAGUAAAACACGUGCCCUAUAAAGGCUUAAAUUGAACAGGCGUCAUCUCAUGGUUACAGCAUCGAACAUCAUAUAUCUGCGCCAGUGCUCAGAGCAAAAACUACCACUUGACUGUGCUUUGUCAAUGUGAAUCAAAUGCAAUUUGGAAUUGAUAAUCAUUUUUUAAAAGAUCCAAUAAUAAUAAUUCAUCAUUUUUUUUUUGUGUUGACAACACUAAAAAAAAAAGGCGACAUGGAAGCAAUCAAGCAACCCGUUGGUGUAAUUUUGCCUAUAUACAUAGUUCCUCCACGUUGAUACUGCAUGUUUAUACAAAAUACUGUACAUAAGAGCAUGUUUUAGAGAUGGAGCAAAAAUAUCUCGUGUACUUAAAUGGGUGUCAAUUGUCAUUUUAUUAACACAAUGAAAGGGUUAAAAAAAAAGAAACUGUAUAUUUUCUAUAUGAAACAAAUAUGUAUUUAUUUUCCAUGAGGGUCAUUGGAGAGAAUGUCAUCCAGAUGUUAGAGUAAUACUACUGCUAAUUAUUAGGAACCUUUCCACGCCUGAAAUUCUUAAGCAAGUGUGUCGUCCAGUACAGUGCGUGACUUCAUGUAGGAUAAAAAUAUAGCCGCAUGCUCGCUAUUUAACUCCUUGUGGUCUGAGUAAUUUCAUUUGCGUUUGUUCAUUUAUUGAAAGAAACAAAUUGCCAUGUAUAUUGUUUAUGUGAACGCUACGUUGUCAUUGUUUUGAAUAUCAUUUUCUUUUGUUUUUUUAUGAAUCAAGGGUCUCCAAGUCUUCUCAGAUAUUCUAAAUUAUCACAAAAGCAAAAUCAAAAGCUGUAUUAUAGUGUUUGUGCCAAUGUUGAUCCAGAAUAAAGUCAUGUCUGGGUUAUUUCUUCCGACGGGGCCAAAAUAAUGUACAAUUCUAUUCCCGCAAACUCAAACGACUUGGAAUUUACCCUCAUUUGCUUACUUUUUACUUAUUACGUGUAUUUAAAUGACCUUAAGACCUUCACAGCUAUGUGUCUUUAACUGUGUUUAUUAUACAAUAUAUGUAGAGAAGUUAAAUGAUAAAACUAAAGCCAUAAAACUCAAGCACUAACUCUUUAGAGCUCAGCUGAGUAUAUACAUUUAUUCUAUUCAAAAAAUGUUGUUUUUCUUGGCCAGAGUCUUGACAUUCCGUUUAGAGGUUUUACAGGAAUGUGAGCGUCAUUUUUCUUAAAGCAGAUGUAUGUGCUUUGAGUGAUAUUUUUUUUCCGAAGUAUGGUAGAGUGUAUUAUUUAUCAGUGUCUCAUCACAGAAAGUUUAUGAUAACCCUUCCUAAACGACAUACAGAGAGCAUUCUGUACUUCAGAUAAGUGUAAUUUAUACAACAAAACUGAGGUGUCUGCUUUUUAGCUUAGCGUAUUUGUGAUUACUCAACAAAACGAAAUGGUUUCGAAACCGAGAACAAAUUGCUACAGCAGAUUUUAGAAUGCUGGCUUGCUUUUCAAACAUGUAAACUAAAACAGCUAACGUUGAAUUAAGAGAUGUUUCUAGCUCAAUGCUGUAGGCUGGUAGCUAGUUAGACAGACUCAGGCUUAGCAUAGCAGAAGUUUUAUGACCGUGGCUCAUAAGGGUGUAACGGUACAUGUAUUUGUAUUGAACCGUUUCGGUACGUGGUGCUCGGUUCGGAACGAAGGCGUCAUGUAACUAGGGCUGUCAAACGAUUAAAAAUUUUAAUCAAGUUAAUUACAGCUUAAAAAUUAAUCAAUUGUAAUUAAUCGCAAUUCAAACCUCUAUAAAAUAUGCUAUAUUUUUCUGUAAAUUAUUGUUGGAAUGAAAAGAUAAUAGGGUUGUUCCGAUCAUGUUUUUUUGCUCCCGAUCCGAUCCCGAUCGUUUUAGUUAGAGUAUCUGCCGAUCCCGAUAUUUCCCGAUCCGAUUGCUUUUUUUUGCUCCCGAUUCAAUUCCAAUCAUUCCCGAUUCCCGAAAAAUGAAUAAAACUCGGACGAAUAUAUACAUUCAACAUACAGUACAUAAGUACUGUAUUUGUUUAUUAUGACAAUAAAUCCUCAAGAUGGCAUUUACAUUAUUAACAUUCUUUCUGUGAGAGGGAUCCACGGAUAGAAAGACUUGUAAUUCUUAAAGGAUAAAUGUGACUUUGUAUAUUGUGACUAAAUAUUGCCAUCUAGUGUAUUGAGCUUUCAGUAAAUGAUACUGUAGCCAUUUAACUGUUGUGCCCAAAUGCAUGAUGGGAAGUGCACCCAUGACUGUGCGUAGUGGUACCAAUUGAUAUAUCUUCUCUGCGUUGGGAAUUAACAAAUGGUGUUAAGAAAAAGAUCAAUUACGACCUUUACGGCCCUCCUGCGUCAAUACUACUAGCUAGGAUCGGGCCGGAAGUCACUCGUGUAAAAAUACGGUGGAUCCGGUCGAUUUUCAAACUAAUAUAGGAUCGGAACCCACUUUUUGAGUCCAUCAGAUCUCUUGAGUGGUAGAUCGGGGCACAGUUGACUUGUCUUUGUUGAUUUACUGCUGCUGCUCUCUGCUAUAAUAAUAACCAACACGGCCCCGUGUUCAAUACAAAACCCUUCGACCACAACAAAACAAGUAGGAACUAAUAUUCACAUAGGAACUAAAGUUAUACAACAUAAAAUAUACAAUAUAAAUGAAUACUACAUCACAUUUGUAAAAUAUAAACACAAAUUAAUAGACCAUUUAAAUAAAAUAAAUUGAAAUGAGCUAAAACACCUGUAAUUAAAUAAUAAGAUUAAUACACAGAUCCUUUUUACACAAUUAAAUUUAUUAAUUUCUGUGUGGCACUUUAACUUGAGAAAAUCCACCAAUAAAGCUUUUGAAAACCGUUCAUAAGAAAAAAGAUAAUUCAUUGAGGCAUUUCAUUUGUAAAAUAUAUGUUAAAAUCUGUGUCAUUGGGAUUGCUUUUCUCUUUAGCACAGGACUUCUUUUUUCUUCUUUCUUUCAGAAAGAAAGCUGACCAAUACGCGGGGUCUGAAAGGCAAAUUGUUGUUGGAUUAUCUUUAUAUACCCGCUACUUUUUAAGCAGAAUUCUAGCUUUGUAUAGGCUAAUGUUCCUAUUGUUGAAAGCACAAAGGUGUGUAAUAAACAACUAGCACAUUUAUAAUUUGCAUUUUGUUUUCUUACUGUAACGAAAAUGAACCGAACCGCGACCUCAAAACCGAGGUACGUACCGAACCGAGAUUUUUGUGUACCGUUACACCCCUAGUGGCUCAUGAUUAAAGAAAAUAUUGUUGAUGUAAAAACAUUUACAACUCUUCAUGGGAGGUUAGCUUAGCAUAAAUGAAUCAAAACCUUUUUAUACUGCCAAAAUGCUAGCAAUGAAAUUUCACUACGUGUCUAGUUCUAGCUUGUAGCCUAUGCUAAUUUGAGUAGAAAUGCUUGAAUGUGUUUCGGAAAGACUGCCAUUCCCAUCUAACUCUCCUGAUUUCUCAGAGCCAGACUGCGAAAUGUGUGAGAUGAGGAAAAAAAAAGCAUAAGUGACUACAGAUACAAGCACAUUGAUGACAUUUUUACUCUUUCCUGUUGUCAUGAUUGAAGAGGCUCUUUGGGCGUAAGAGAAAGGAUUGUGUUUGGAAUUGAAGUAACAACCUUAUUUCGCAGGCCAAACUUCAACAUUCAUUCCAAAAUGUGCAUCUUCAUUCAAAUGUUGCUCACUUCCACUGUGUGCACAACUGUUUUACAUAUUUCAAUUCUGGGAUUUAAAAAGGGAAACCACCCACCAAUUUUUAACACAAUCUCAUUGCUGACUUGUUUUUUCUUUUUAGUUGGUUUAGUUUUGCUGUUCUAAAAUGUGCAACAAUUUUCCCCCUUCUGUGAUGUAUUCAAAUGUAGAAUGUCUGUGUGCAUCAUUUGUCUACCUGAAUGUUGCCUUUAUAUUUGUCUCUCUGUCCUGUGUAAAUCAUCAGUCAUUCCGAAGAAGCGAGCGCGUGGAGUUCUUCCCCAAAUCCUGCUUUUGCUGUGCGUAAAGAAUGCUGGCCUUCAUGUUUACAACAUGGACAUAGUGUAUACUGCCAAUUUCUCAUACCCGACCCCUUUUCGAAUGCUUGUACCUCUCAUUCCAGAUGUUUUCUUCCUUUUCUUUCUCUUCCUCAUCCUCUUUGAAAGCAUUGGAUCGGAGGACAGUCAGGUUGUGUCCUCUAGCUGUGUUUCUUCGUGUCUUGUGUCGUGGUGCGUGUGUUCAUGUCAGUACUUGUGCCUACUGUGGAUCGCAUGCUUUAGCCCUUGACUGGACACAAACGUUGCUCACAAACUCCUCUUGACCCUUAUGUGGACAAAUGUCGGGGAUCCUUAUAACAUUAUCAAGGGAGCCAAAUAACUUAUUACAGAUUUAUCAUAUGUGUUACCAGUUCUGUAAGAAAACAAAAACAAAUAGGAAAUAAAGACCUUUUAAUUACAAA